AUAUACAGCUGAUGACAAAUUUUAGUUCUAUGGUAUUGCAAAUUUAAAAUCUGUCUAGUCACUUCACUCACGGUCUUUUACUUCAUAAUUUAUUUGCUAAAACGUAUUAGAGAAAGAAUUCAUAAUUCUCAUAAACAAAUUCAUUAAAAUGGCAGAUUAUUUCGGAGAAAUGGGGUGGACACCUUUGGAAGAUGGACAAGCACCAGACCAUUUUUUACAUUUAGCUCGUCUGUUUAGAGAUUUUAACAUGUUCGAGGAAUUAAAUAACUUGAACGGUCAAAAAUUGCCUCCUCCAGCUUCUAAAAACGUGGUGGAAUCGAUCCCAAAUGAAAACAUAACAAACAGUGAUUCGCAGUGUCCUAUAUGUUUAAAAGAACAUAUCAAAGGUGAAACUGCAAAAAAAUUGCCCUGUGGGCAUUUGUAUCACAACAAUUGCAUUAUGCCAUGGCUUUCAAAGACAAAUUCUUGUCCUCUAUGUAGAUAUGAAUUGCCUACUGAUGAUGAGGAUUAUGAAGCUUGGAGAAAAGAAAAGAAACGAGCUAAAGAAAGGGAAACAGAUAUUGAAAAUCUUCAUAAUUCAAUGUUUUCAUAACAAUGUUAAUUAUUUAUCUAGUUCUGUUAUAAUAUCUCUAGGUUCUAUCUAUUAUAUGAGUAUUUCACUAUAUUUAAACAGUCUGGUGGUUAAACGAGAAUUAAUUUGUAAAUUCUAUUUGAAAUAACUAUUUAAAAAGUUUUGUACUGGAAUUAAAGGGAAAACCAAUUUGCAGUAUUAUUUUAUGUUUCUCUAAUGUUUUAGAAAUUGGAUUCAAUAAAAACGAAAGUCUUGUUCAACAUUUAUUAUAAAAAUACAGAUAAAUCACAUAAAACAUUCAUCAUGCAUUUUAAAUACAUUAAAUUUUGUAUAUAUAGUUUUUAAUUGAAAUUAUUAUAUCACAGAUCCUCUAAGAACUUUCAAAUAUCAAAGUUUUGAAUAAAUUUUUUCAAUUUACGAAUGCUUUUAACGGUUUUUUAAGUUAUAUUUCUUUUGAAACGUUCGAGGAAAACGAUUUGAGUAAAUUUUUACCAGAAAUUUUAUCACGUAAACUGAAAUUUGGAAAAAUUACACCAUAAUACUGAUUCAUAGAUUUUCUUAAUUUGAUCACCUGGCAACUUUAAUCAAAGUAGUUCUUUGAUUAUUUAUGGAUGUAUAACAUGUUUUAGUAUAAAUAUAGAUUUUUAUUACUAUAAAAAUCGAUUUAAAUAAAUUGUUCUUGAGUAUUUUAUCCAAUAUUUAAAUUCAUUACUGAAUGCUAUGAUUUUUAUAUUCAAUUCAAUGUAAAUAUUUUAUUUGUGUUUACUCAAUUAAAGAAAAAUAAUUUGAAUGUA